AUGCUUCAAGUUACCGAUUUGAAGCUUUCCUUGGGCUCUCGACAUUCUCUACCCUCCUAUCCCAAUGUGACCAUCUCAACUUUCUCUCGGCCUUGUUCAUGCAUUUCCUGCUAUGCCCAUCAUGUUGAUAUCUCGCAAAUGACCAGCUAUUGUGUGAUCACCGUGGAGCAUCGAAUUGCUAAGGAGUUUUUACUGAUGGCGAUUACCGCCAACAAGAUCCUCCUCAUCUCAACCGACCUUCUUCCCCAGUCCGCCCAAAAGGAGAGUGGCUCAUGUGGCUCAAAUGGCUCAGGCGGCCCAAGGAGUCCGAAGUUAUUUACAAAGCUACCAACAACAGGCACCGAAGGAUUAAAAUCCCAAGGCCGCUAUCUCCAUCUUGCAAUGACGAUCGAAUGGAUAACUCCCGACGAUGACAAUGUGCCCCUGCUGCCAACCCCCCGGGCCCCCCGCUAUUACACACUGCCAGGCAGGGGGAUCUCCGCAUCGGGGACACCGAGCCGGAAUCCUCAGUCUCCCAAGGCAGCGACCAAUGCUUGUCCAGGUUAUGCGGGCGGACGGGUUACACCAAGGAGUCGUCCUCCGGGCAUCUGCGACAUCUCCAAUGGCAUCGAAGCCGGUUCCUUCUGGCCAGUCAUCUUUCAAGGUGCUUCGCUAGUUACACACAUGGUACCGUGA